AUGAACAAGAUUACCAUCCUCCCCGGUGCAUCGCCCAAUCUCGCAGAGGCCAGCUACGCCAUUGCCGACGAGACGCACACCCUGGGCAAUGCUCUCCGCUGGAUGAUCAUGAAAAACGCACCGCACCCAUCCGAGAACAAGAUUCACAUUCGUAUUCAGAUGUACGACAACCAGUCCUCACUCGACGCGCUGAUAGAAGCUCUGGACGCAUUAGACGACGUUUGCACGGUGAUUGAUGAAAAGUAUGCCGACGCAGCAAAGAAAUGGGACGCAAGGCACUCGUCCAAGCCAUGA